AAUUUCCAGAACUUUUCAAGAUAACUAUGGCCAGGAUUUUGGUAACAGUCUACGUUUUGAUUGCUGCCACUUUGUGCAGUGGGUUCCCGGCAGGUGGACCUUACUACUCCUGCAAAGGUCUUCUUCCUGCACACAAUGGGGAUGCCAAAACGACGCCGCCACCUUACGCCAUGAGUGUGAGUCGAGCAACGGUUGAACCUGGAGGCAGCACUUCAGUGACUCUGUAUAGCAAGGGGGACAUGCCAUUCAUGGGCUUCAUGUGCGCGGCAAGUGAAAAUGAUGACCAAGCUAACAACACCGUUGGAGAGUUUUCUAUGACUGUCGCUUCUUUGGACCUUACCCAGCUUCUGAACUGCUCGAGAUCGACGCCAGACACAGGAAUUACCCACGUGAACAAUGAUCCAAAAACUAAGAUUGGCUUUGAUUGGACAGUUCCAGCCUAUGCCGCCAUUGGCUCUGUAUUUAAAAUAAGGUGUACAUUUGUGCAAUCCUUCAACGCUUUCUGGCAGAACCUUCUUGUUCGAAUCACCGUGGUCAGUGGGGACCAAAAUGUUUCAGCAGAAGCUAGCCCCAUGCCCGUUGCCUCUGUAAGUGUAAGUAGCUCUACCAGGCAGGGCGGCACAGGAAGCAGUAGCCCCACACAGACUGACUCUCAGGCAGACGGUAAUCUCACAACACAACCAUCCCCCGAUACCACAGAAGGCGAGAUCACUGAAGUUUUUACAGACUAUAAUGUGUCGGCGCAAGAACCGCACACCAACGCAACAGGGUUCAUCGAUCUCCUCCUGGGCCAGUGGAAAAAAAUUGUGGACGGUUUUUUCACCACAGACAGACCAGCUGACCUUGGCAUUGAUGUUACAAGACCAGACAACAAUAUCCAGUCUACUGACAGCAGUCACCAGGGAAGGGUCAGACCAAAUACAAUUCAUUUCAAUAUGGACACUAACUUAGAUGUAAGAGUAACCCCAGAGGCUCAAACUAGAAGUCCAAUGUGGCCUGGCUUUCCGCAAAAUAACUGGAUAAAUGAACUCAUGCAAAAUGCAAACGCGCGCGCUUUCUUUUCAAGCUCGUCUGAUCCCCGAAACCUAACUAUCGAUACACGACAAUUGCGCAGAAAUGAAUCGUCAUAACAGAUUUAUUGUAUGUGUCCUUAAACUGAAACAGUAAAUUAUUGUUAUAAGUAAA